CCUCUCGGCCCGGGUGCUAGGGACCGCGGCUGGCCGAGGGGGAGGUGCGGGUGGGUGGAAGGGACAGGCCUGGGCGGCGCUCGGGGGUUGGGACCAGUUCGCGCACCCAUUCAAGCGGCAGGACGCACUUGUCCUAGCAGUUCUCGCCGACGGAGCUAGCUGCGUUUUCUGCGGUCCCGCAUCCGGAGCGUCUCUGCAAACGCCCUGGCGGCCGUCCCCAUCAUGCCUAGCCUUUGGGAUCGCUUCUCGUCGUCGUCCUCCUCCUCGUCGUCCUUGCCCCGAACCCCCACCCCCGAUCAGCCGCCGCGCUCAGCCUGGGGGUCGGCGGCCCGGGAAGAGGGGCUUGGCCGCUGCGCGAGCCUGGAGAGCUCGGACUGCGAGUCCCUGGACAGCAGCAACAGUGGCUUCGGGCCGGAGGAAGACUCGGCGUACCUGGAUGGGGUGUCCCUGCCCGACUUCGAGCUGCUCAGCGACCCCGAGGAUGAGCACUUGUGUGCCAACCUGAUGCAGCUGCUGCAGGAGAGCCUGUCCCAGGCGCGGCUGGGCUCGCGGCGCCCUGCGCGCCUGCUGAUGCCCGGCCAGCUGGUGAGCCAGGUGGGCAAGGAGCUGCUGCGCCUGGCCUACAGCGAGCCGUGCGGCCUGCGGGGGGCGCUGCUGGACGUCUGCGUAGAGCAAGGCAAGAGCUGCCAUAACGUCGGCCAGCUGGCCCUCGACCCCAGCCUGGUGCCCACCUUCCAGCUGACCCUCGUGCUGCGCCUGGACUCCCGCCUCUGGCCCAAGAUCCAGGGGCUGUUCAGCUCCGCCAACUCGUCGUUCGUCCCCGGCUUCAGCCAGUCCCUGACGCUGAGCACGGGCUUCCGAGUCAUCAAGAAGAAGCUGUACAGCUCGGAGCAGCUGCUCAUCGAGGAGUGUUGAACUCGGGUCCGGGGGGUGCCGACCCUGUCCCCACGGCAGGGACGACUGAACUUUUGAGGUGGACAUGGGCACGCAGGAGCCGAGGGACUGAGGCCUAUCGUUUGAAAACUGACGACAGCCACCUGAGGGGAGGAGGGUGGAGGUGGUGGGGCACAUCGCGUUUCCAUGGAAGCUCCCAGAGAUGUGCAGGUGGCUCCCAGCUGGGGGUAUGUGCCCCUCAGUACUGUAGCAUGAAACAAAGGCCUAGGGGCCAACCGGGCUUCUGGCUGGAUCUGUAUGUAGCAUGUACUUUAUUAUUUUUAUUGUUACUGACAGUUAAGAGGACAGUGGUGUGACAGAGCCAGGUGAGCAGCUGGGCUGCACUGGCCUUUGCAAGGGGGUGUGUGCUCCUGGUAGCGGCCCUGGUGGGAGGGGGGAGGUCAAGGUAGUUCGUGUAUUUCAUGGUCUCAAGGGGCCAGAUGUGUUCUUUGUUUUUGUAUCUUUUGUUUUGUUUUUUGAUCAGAGCUUCACUACUGACCUGUCCUAGGCAGCUAUCUUACAGACGCAUGAAUGUAAGAGGAGGAAGGGGUGGGUGUUGGGAUCACUUGGGGAUCUUUGACACUUGAAGAAAAAAAUACACCUGGGAGCUGCGUUUGCCCAUCCCCCAAUGUGUGCUGAGGAGUUGAGCUGUGAGGGGAUGGGGCUGAGUGGGGUGGGGGCUGGAACCCCUCCCCCCCAAGGAGUGCCAUCUGGGUCUUCCAUCUAGAACUGUUUACAUGAAGAUACUCGCUGUUCAUGAAUACACUUGAUGUUCAAGUAUUAAGACCUAUGCAAUAUUUUUUACUUUUCUAAUAAAAAAAAGUGUUUGUUAAAA